AUGGGCGGCGUCUCGGCGAAAGCUUCAUUUUCCGAGGCGCAGGUAGCUUGCUUCAAGUCAACUCGGUUGGGAUACCCACGAUUUGAAAGGCCGGUGUACGGAUACGGCGCGGACGACGGCAACAAAAGGGUUGGCGAAUUCCACAACGAGUCCACCAAGGACAUCGAGAGUGGCACAGCCACGCAACCUCGCCCCAUUUAG